AUGGGCCAGAGAAGGAGUGGCAAGUCGUCAAUAUCGAGCGUCGUCUUCCACAAGCUCCCACCAAACGAAACGCUUUUCCUCGAAUCCACAGCGCGUAUCCAAAAGGACUCUAUGGCAUCCUUCAUGGACUAUCAGGUCUGGGACUUUCCUGGUCAGAUCGACUUUUUCGAGAACCCAAACUUUGACAUGGACGCCAUCUUUGGCGAGAUUGGCGCCCUCAUCUGGGUCAUCGACGCCCAGGACGACUACCUCGAGGCCGUCGCCCGCCUCAACGCCACCGUCCUCAACCUCCAGCGCUUCUACCCAAACAUCAACAUCGAGGUCUUCAUCCACAAGGUCGACGGCCUGUCGGACGACUACAAGCUCGACAUCCAGCGCGACAUCACCAUCCGCAUCCAGGACGAGCUCUCGGACCACGGCUUCGAGAACGCCCCCGUCACCUUCCACCUGACGUCCAUCUACAACCACUCCAUCUUUGAGGCCUUCUCCAAGGUCAUCCAGAAGCUCAUCCCGCAGCUCGGCACCUUGGAAGCCAUGCUCACCAACCUGUGCCGCACGUGCCGCUUCGAAAAGGCGUACCUGUUCGACGUGCUGUCCAAGAUCUACAUCGCCACGGACUCGGCAACGGCCGACAUGGCCAGCUACGAGAUCUGCUCCGACUACAUUGACGUCAUCAUCGACAUCACCGAGGUGUACGGCUCCUGGCCGCGCUCCGAGGGCCAGCGCAAACGUCUCGAGGCGGAACCGUGGAACGCCAAAGUCGAGGACCAGGUCGCGUGCAACUGGGCCGAGAGCUGCAUGGUGCUCCACGACUCCCAGCGCCCCAUCAUGCUGCGCGAGGUCGAUCGGUACCUGGCCCUCGUCGCCAUCAUGAAGGAGGAUUCCUACGACCGCAUGCCGCUCGUGAACAUGAAUGUGGAGGCUGUGGUACAGGGUGUCACCGAGUUUUUCGAGAUCACCAAGUCGAGGAAGUGA